GUCAUCUCUUCUUCCUGGUGAUUCUUUAAGCAAGAAAGCGAGAUGAAGUAUUACGUCUGCGAAAUUUUAUUGUUGACGUGUGGGCUAUCUCAUUUUACUACGCAAGUACAAGGUGACUGCCACUACAAAUCCAAGGUUUUUAGCGUAGGUACAUACACAGCACGUCCCUGUGCGCAUUUGACUUGUGAUACAAACGGUCAAAUAACUUUGGUUACAUGCUCCAGAUUUUCUUGUGGAUUACAUUACAAAAAUGUUGGUUACACAUCCAUCGAUGACAGCAAAAAAUAUCCACAUUGUUGUCCACAACCGAUUUGUGAGCUUGAUACUACCAAAUUCCAACACUAUUAUCCGGAUAGUACAGAGAAUCUGAAAAGAAUUAUUUUUUAAUUAUUCGAAUUAUAAAAUAAAUUUAUUUUCCGUUUCAUUUUAA